ACGUCGUGCAGUAAGUGGUAUGAUCGGCAGAAUAAAGUGCGGGUGCGCCGUUGACGGCCCCUAAAGAGAAGACGCCACGCAGAUUUUACACAGAAAUUGUCGAGUCACUGCCAAAUACUGCAAAAAUGGAGUGGAGCCCCAUGGAAAUCAACCCCGAGAUGCUGAACAAGAUUAUGAGCAAGUUGGGCGUGGGAGAAAGCUGGCAUUUCGUUGAUGUGCUGGGUCUGGAGAAAGAACAACUGUCCGCCGUCCCGAAACCAUGCUGUGCCUUGAUGCUGCUCUUCCCCCUCACGCAACAGCAUGAGUCUUACAGAGCUCAGCAAGCAGACAAGGUUGGAGGAGACUCUGAGGUGUAUUUCCUGAAGCAGACAGUAGUCAAUUCUUGUGGCACCAUUGCUCUGCUGCAUGCUGUUGCCAACAACAAAGGCAAAUUGACAUUUGACAGUGGUUCUGCUUUGAAGAAAUUUCUAGAUGAAACUGCUGACAUGUCUCCUGAUGACAGAGCACAACAUCUGGAGAAGAAUAAGGCAAUAUGUGAGGCUCACAAUGAGGUUGCUAUGCAAGGACAAUGUCUGCCAGAACCUGACAAAGUCAACUUCCACUUUAUUGCCUUUGUCAACGUAAAUGGCCAACUUUAUGAAUUUGAUGGGAAAAUGGAUGGACCUGUGAACCAUGGAGUUACCAAAGAUGAUUCCUUCAUAGCGGAUGCCGCCAAAGUGUGCCGUGGAUUCAUGGAAAGGGAGCAAGGCGAAGUCCGUUUCUCUGCUGUUGCUCUUUGUCAGAGUUAAUUGUUCAGCAGGACACCAAAUCUCAGACACAUUGUUAACCAAAAUGUUCUGGAGCAUUCACAUGACAAACACAAUCAACAGGUACCCACAGUGAUCUGUGUGCACACACACAUCUGCAGACGCUAUGCACUACAAAGCAUUCUGUUCUCAACUUGUGAACAGAGUUCUUUAACAUUAGCACAUGCACAUACAAACCCAAUCCAAGCCUUUUGUCCUGCAGUCACUAACUGAUACAAGCUUGUCCAGGCUGUUCAUGUGAUGUCGUUCAGCUGUGAAAACAAAACAAUUGUCACCUGUCAUUUUGCAGUUUUUGUCUAUUAGUUCAUCCAUGCUAAGCUCAAAAUUACUUUUAAAAUACUUUUUUGUGCCAACUGAGACAAAGGGCAAUUUUAAGAAAUCACCAUAUGUUUCUCUGCAUGCCUUCUGUUGCUGUGUGGUUGGGUUUAUACAUUUCUCUCCAUAGUUCAAAUGUAUCUGUAGGAAUAAUUUCACCAUUGUUAAAAAAGGUUUGAAUGUUUGAGUUCUUGGACAUUUUGACAAAUCGAUUUCUGACAAACCUAAAGUUUUCAUUGAGAAAACUGCCUUGAUUUUUGCUUUAAUUUGUUCACUUGUU